AAUAUACUGAAAUGCGCCGGAUUAUGUACGUUUAGUGUGAUUUUGAACGCUGUGAGUGCCACAACUCUGAAUAAUUCUAGGCAGUAGGUAAAAUGCUUUGGCAAAUUUUUGGCUUCUUGAUAAUUUCGGUCGUCACAUCUAAUACCGUUACCGAUGCAGCUGCAACAAAUCAAGUGGAUCCCAAACAAUUCGUUGCUGAUGCCAGCACACGCUAUUACAAACUUUACAAUCAAAUUGCAGAGGAGACAUAUUCGUCAACUGAUGAUGAAGACUUUAACACGAUUUUCACGAAACUAGCCACGGUAAAAAGAAUAGCGGCGGAGCUAGUCCAAAUAUCCGAGGAGGCUAGUGAAUACAACUUGGAGAGCAUUCGCGAUGUGCAAGUCAAAGCCGCAUUGCAAAAUCUUCGGAGAGUUGGGGAGCUCUUUGUUUUGGGCGAAGAAUAUUUCUCGUCAGUGCUGAUAAACUUUGCGGCGCUAAAAGAACUUUCGACAGAUAAAGACAUUGAACCAUACCUGGGUGGGGCGAAUAUGAAAGACCAAGAUGAUAGCCCAUUGGCUUACUACCCCGAUAUACAGAAAAUCUUUCAGCAAAGUAACGAUUCGGAUGAACUGAAAUAUUACUGGGAAUCUUGGCGGGAAAAGAAUUUGGUUUGGUCUUCUAUAAAUUUCUAUACGAUCAUUGAAGCUUUUCAAAAUGCCGCUAAGAUCUUAGAUAUGUCAGUUCUUGAAUUUUGGUUUCGAUGCUACAAUAAUAAGGAAUUCCUGAAAGAAAUGGAAAAGGUAAUGGAAGAUAUUAAGCCGGCUUAUAAGCAAUUACACGCAUUCAUUAGGAACGAGCUCCUUAAAAAGUAUGGUGGUAGCGUUGUGAAUCCUAGAGGCCCUAUUCCUGAUCACCUAUUCCAACAAGUUCGUGAGCAGGCAUGGCAGGCUAACAGUGUCAUCGAGCCGUACUUUUCAAAGGCAAGUCUCCCACCAUAUGACACAUUUGUAGCACAUUUUGAGCCCAGAAGUAUGAUAGACGCAGCGGAAAACUUUUACAAGUCCCUCGGAUUGACUGAAUUAUCCAGCGAGUUCUUCGAUAAGCAAUUAAAAGAACAAGACGAAAGUGCUGAAAGCGGGGACUGUCGAGCGGAUAUAUUCGAUCUAACUCCAUAUGUAUAUAUGAAAUAUUGUAAGAAGGUGGAGUUUAGAAAGUUCUUGCAGACGCACGGAUAUCUUGGAAGGGUACAUUACGCCAGAGAAAAACGUAAUCUUCCAUCGUAUUUCUUCCCUUCGUAUGAUUUGGAAUAUCCAGUGGGAGAAGCUGUGAUCCUAUCUGCUUCCACUCCAAAACAUUUACAAACCAUCGGACUAUCUAAGGAUUUCCAAUUUACAGAGCCCAUACUUAUGAAUCGACUAUUCAGAAUGGGUAUACAUACAAUGUUGAAUAUACCGUUAUACUUUGUACACACAAAAGUAAUGAAUGAUUUACUGAAUGGUACAGUGGAAAUCGAAAGAAUAAAUAAACAUUAUUGGGAACUCAUGGAAAAAUAUGCUGGUGUGGAGCCACCCUCGGAUCGGCCGGAAAAUGCUAUUGACUUUCCUUAUAGCUUUUACUUGGAUAUGGAGGAAAACCAUCAGACAAAGAAGUUCGUAUCUGAAGUUCUUGGUUACCAGUUUUAUCGCUCGUUUUGUCAGCAGAGCCAACACCAAGGAUCCUUACAUAACUGCGACUUUUAUGGAAAUGUUGCUAUCGGCAACUCCCUGAAGUCGAUGAUGUCCUUAGGUUCUUCGAAACCUUGGCACGAAACACUGGAGAAGGUUUUAGGUAAAAAUUCGACUCUUAGCGGCGAGGCUUUGCUUGAAUAUUAUAACCCAAUGCUGGAUUGGCUUAAGGCCAAAAAUCGCGAGACUAAAGUGAAGAUCGGCUGGAAUGCGAGCCAGAAAAAAAUACUUUAAAUUGGAGUUGGAAUUGGUUCAGAGGCUUUUCUACAGCCAUAUUUUAUUUAUACAAAUAUAUAACUUUUAAAAUUGUUAAUUAUUAUCCAUUUCGAAAUUCCGUAAAUAUGUACUCAUAUUAAAUAAACGUAGCUACAUACAUACA